AUGGCCAGUAUCGUCAAUCAGCAAUCUAUCAGCUUCCUUCGUUGGUCUGCCCUCGGUGUUGGUGUUUGGUGGGGAUGGACCCGCCAUCACUCUCUCACUCGUCUUGUCAAGGACCGUGCGGCUGAUACCGAAAAGGCUCACCAUAACCUUCUUGUUGAAGAGGCUCGAGUUGCAUACGAAGCUCAUUACAACAAAACUCAAAACGCUCUUGCCAAAAAGGACGGCGUUGCCUCCUGCGACUCGGACAGUAUCUUCUUUGACGCCGAUAAAUGGUCCAACUGGGCUGUUGCUCAGAAUGAUGCAGAAGAUGCUGCCGCCAAACUUUCUGCCAAAAAAUGA